CCUUUGCAAAUAGAAACCACUGAGUAGUCCCGUUCCCCAAGCAAGGCACGUCGGACCUGUCCGGCGGUUGGAUUCAGGCAUCGACAGAACUAACUUCCCGACGAACCAUGAGCGAUGGACAGGAAACCGUCGCCCGUACCGGCACUACAGGGUCAGCUGCAGCCGGCACGCCGGUGGCAACCUGGCGAUGCCUGACUUCGCGAUGCCUUUGGCGUGCCGCCAUCGGGGUGCUGGUGGCGGCGGCGGCAUUGUGGAUCCUGUACGUCAAAUACGUUCCGUCCACAACCACCGAGCCCCUCAGCUACUGGUAUCCCUGGCGCGAGCGUCCUCCCAGCGUGGGUUUCACGUAUCCCCGAAUCUUCCUCUGGACGCCAACAUGGGGGGACAGGGCUCCGACCACGAAAGAUCAACUUCUGCGCGAGUGUCUUGUGACCAAUCCUAAGCGGAAGCAGUGCUACGUCACGAAGGACCCCGUUUAUCACGUCGUCAGUGACGCCAUCGUUGUCGAAGCGUCUCGCGUGGACCCUUACAACCUACCGAGGCGCCGGCACCCGGAACAGGUGUGGGUCUACUCUACUGUAGAGGGAGAACCUGCGACGCCUUCUUCGUGGCCCUUACAAUUAGUUUCUGGUAUGUUCAAUUGGACUAUGUCGCACAGGGACGAUGCGGAUGUUGUCGUUCCCUACAAGAAGUGGAGCUAUCGCCUAAAAGAUAUUGUAAUGCCUCGCGAACCCCUUCUCGAGGCCAUCGAUGCGAAAACCAAAAGUGUCGCUUGGUUUGUGAGCAAGUGCGAAGAGCCGCUGCGCAAUAACACUGAAAGGUUCCAAUACUAUCCUCUACCCCGUAGCUCGGAAAAUUUUAUGCUACACAUAAAUCACACAUUCGAUGUUUUCAUGUUUUCCGAUUGUGGUCGCCCGCUGUGUAAUUCCAUGGAUGAAUGUAUGAAGAUGGUAGCGGAGGACUUCUACUUCGUAUUCGUGCUCGAAACCUCUCCCUGUUUUCAUCACCCGACGGAGAUGAUAUACGCCGCCUUCCACUACAACAUCGUUCCCAUCUACUUCGGAAUGACUGGCCUCGGCAACAGCGUACCACCGGGGUCCGUCUACGACACGUCAGCGGAGCCGACUGCAUUUGAUAUCGUCGACAAGCUCAACGUUAUGCGUGACAACGUCGACGCGUAUCUGCCGUACUUGACAUGGAAAGAGACGUACGAAGAGACGCCGGAAAACCCAUUGUGCGCUCUUUGCGACGUUUUGUACGCAAGUGCCGCGAACGCGUCUGCCACUGCCGACGUUUUGUCAUGGUGGCGACGGCGCCCAGAGUGCGAUUACGUCAUUCCAAGCCCAGGCGGCAUCAUCACUGAGACGAAGAUUACCCCAUACGGGAUAUACUUUGUCCCCGAUGAGCUUGCUGACAUCCCUGGUCGCAUCCGCAGACCUCCGAAAGUACGGCGCACAUCUACAACUCCAAAGCCUGAAAUUCCCAACAAGCACGCUAGGGAGGACUCGGGACACGUCCACGACGACAUACUGUAAGGAUGGAGGUUGUGUUUUUUUUUUUUUUUCAUUGAUUUCGUCCUUAACUUAUUCAGACCGCUUUCACAAUUCUCACCCACUGUACAAAUAAAAUUUCUUCUGUACCUACUUAUCGCAACUU